GUCAAAACCUGGUACUAUGAUGUUAGAAUUUUUCAAAUAGACGUUUUACAAAACCAGUUUAAGAUCCAGAAUUAUUGUCUUAGUUUAAAUAAAUGAUUUACUGUCUUCUUACUUGUGAUCAUUUGUAAAUCGAAGGUCAUUUACAAUAUUUAUUUUGAAAUGGAAUGUGGGGAGGAUGAGAGCCAAAACCAAGAGGAACCUGUGUUUUACAGUAAAGCAAAAACAUACUGGUCCAAUGUUUCACCCACUAUAAAUGGAGUUCUUGGUGGUUAUGGAUUUAUUUCUUCCUGUGACAUUCAAGGUUCAGAAGAAUUUCUCUCAAAAGUUUUUAAGUUUGAAAACCCUCCAAACAGAAUUCGGGCUUUAGAUUGUGGUGCUGGUAUUGGAAGAAUAACAAAGCAUUUACUAGUAAAGUACUUCGAAACUGUUGACCUGAUUGAUCAGAACCAAGAUUUUAUUGAAACGGCCAAAGCAUAUGUCAAUUCACCUCAACUAGGAAAACUUUAUUGCACUGGACUACAAAACUUCGUACCAGAAAUAAAAUAUGAUAUUAUUUGGUGUCAAUGGGUAUUAGGUCAUCUGACAGAUGAAGAUCUAACAAUUUUUUUGAAAAAUUGCAAAAAUGCUUUGCAGAAAAAUGGAAUCAUUGUUGUUAAAGAAAAUGUCACAUCUAGUGGUGAAAUUGAGAAAGAUGAUGUUGAUUCUUCAAUAACUAGACCUCUCGAAAUCCUUUCCAAUUUAUUAAAAGAAUCAGGGCUUGAUUGUAUUCUUAUGAGUGCACAAACACGUUUUCCAAAGGGAUUAUAUCCUGUUAAAAUGUUUGCUUUACGAUGACAUAAAAUAAAAACUUAGAUGUUAAGAAAUAAAUUUAACCUAUGUCAGUCAUUAUGUAAAUAGUUAAUUUUUCUAUAUUAAUAGAGCCAUUUCCAAAAUAAAUACUAUUUUGCACUCUUUAAUUUUAUAAAAAUUAAAAUAAUUUUGACGAAAUACCAUAUCAUGUCUUAAAAAUUAAGAAUUUUUUAUAGUAACAUUACAUUAUAGUUCAAUUCUGCCAGUUAGUCAUUUUUUGCACUUUUGCAAUGCAGUUUUUAAAUCUAUGCUCAGAAAUUGGUCAUAACUAAGGCCCGGAGUGUA